CUCGAUCCGAUGAGCGUGUUGGUGGUCGAGAAUGGUGCCCGAAUGUUCGCGUCAAGGGGCUUCGGAUUUAUCACCUUCGCCGAUCCGGCUAGCGUAGAUAAGGUUUUAGCUCAAGGGUCACACGAGCUAGACGGUAAAAAGAUUGACCCUAAAGUUGCCUUCCCUAGGAGAGCCCAUCCAAAGAUGGUCACUCGAACGAAGAAGAUAUUUGUGGGUGGGCUCUCAGCACCAACGACGCUAGAAGACGUCAAGAAUUACUUCGAGCAGUUUGGACCGAUCGAGGAUGCUAUGCUCAUGUUUGACAAACAAACUAACAGACAUAGAGGUUUUGGAUUCGUCACAUUUCAAAGUGAGGACGUCGUAGAUAAAGUCUGUGAAAUUCACUUCCACGAAAUCAACAAUAAAAUGGUGGAGUGCAAGAAGGCUCAGCCCAAGGAGGUGAUGCUGCCCGCCAACCUGGCCAAGACGCGGGCCGCCGGCCGAGGUGCAUCCGAUUUUAUGUGGUCGCUGGGGGCAUUACCUGACGGUUUCCCAGCCGCUGCGUACGCCGCUUAUGCGGCAGGUCGUGGCUAUUCGGGCUAUCCUAGCUUCGGACUUCCAUACCCCACAGGAUUCCCCGGCUACAGUUACUUCCCUAAUCCCACCGCUGCCGCAUCCGGUACAACCCCGGGUACUCCGACCGCCAGUGGCCCGGAACGUGGCAGCACGUACUACGACUACGUGCCAGUAGCAGCAACAGCGACUCAUCAGCCCCAUCCUCAGGUUACAGCCCGGCCUGAGCAGACAGUAAACGGCUCCCCACUGCAUCGUCACCAUUCCGACCCGCACGCCUCGAUAUAUCGCACGACACACAACGUCACGCAACGUAAGCAAAGUAAUGCUACUUCAGCCCCGCCGCGAACUAAUCAUCAUCAGCAAAUGAUGUUGCGUUCGGAACUGUACACCCCGGGUGGAGAAGAUCACGGGGUCAAAGCAUAUGUUACAGUGGACCUAACAAACGGGCAGCUGACCCCGAACAAUAACACCCCGCUGUUAACACAAGCACUCUCAGGGACCCCGGCGACCGCGAGGUGGCAGUCCCACCAGCCAGGCUUCCCCCCAGCCAACUCGCCUGGUCCUAUCGACAUGUACAGCUCAAGUGCGGCCGAUAGCGUGGCGGGCUACGUGCAGGCAGCCAGCCCACAGCCGUCGGGCUUCCCGGCUAUUGCGGGGCCCCUCAUCCCGGCUGCUUUCACUAACGGCUAUCAUUGAGGCUGACACAUCAGCUAAUGUACAGGUAUGGAUCAUUGUGGUAAACUCAGGUUCUGUGGACACGCGGCAACACGACUCAUCUGUUUUCUUCUUUUGGUCACUGCUGCCCCCUGUUAGCUGAGUUGGUCAACAGUGAAAAAUAUGAAAUCGAAAGAAAUCGAUGAGUAAAGAUGACUUUUAUUAUACUGAACUAUAUAUAUAAAUAUUAUUACUAUUAAUUAUAAUAAUUAUUAUUAUGAAUGUGACACGUCCUAUCCUCUUAUUGGAGGAGGGGGGCCUGCAAAGCAAGAAACUUGACUUCCGCCGGAUGUCUGUUGUGAACUUUAAAUGUGUCCGUUUGCCUCGGUUUUUAAAUUAUCUGGUGUUAUAUUUUUUAAGAACAAACAGUCAACAGUUAACUCCCCUCUUCACCUGCUAUGGUAUAUACAAGUUGUGACAACAGAAGAUGCAACAAUAUCACUUUCUACAAGUGAAAUCUGUGCUUUUACUAACCCCUGAUAACCUCCGCUUUACCACCAACUACAUCAGUUUCUGCAGUAUUCUGCCGCGAGUCAUGCUACGUUGAUCAAGGUAGUGAAAAUAACCUCAAAAGGAGAGUAAUAAUAAAUUGUAAAUAAAGACAUGGAGAAUUUGAGGUAAUGAAAAAAGGCAAUACAAGAUGCAUCAGGAUUAAAACGGAAGAUUGCAAAGGAAAGUAAUUAUAAUAUAAAUGCCCACUAAAAGAAGAAAGGACUUAUUUCAGCUGCUCUAUGAAACUAUAUUUUCCGGCGGAAUAGCUGUACGUGAAUUGCAUUAACAAACGUCUUGUACCAUUACCCAUAUAAUAAUGGACGUUAUCUAUAAUAUAGAAAUAUAUAAAUAUUAAUAUUAAGCAUUACUCAAUAUGGUACAUUUCAACAAAAAAACUCGAGAGGAUAUAACAAUAUAUAUAUAUAUAUAUGCUUAUAUAAACAUUUUUUGUUUGUAAAAUUACUCGAUGUUUGUCGGGCGACUGCAGCGCUGCUCGCUUCUGCUGAUCCCGUAUCGCGUCUAAUUGUUCGUCCACUAAUAUCCAUGCUUUGGUGUACCGCUGUUUUAAUUUACUUGUUUUGCUUCAUAUGGUUCGGCCCUGAUUUUAUUUUAUGAAAGAAAAAUAUUGUUACAGGAAUUUCUGUACGUCUCGAUAAUAAUACAUGGAUUAAACAGUUGUCGAAACUAUUUUAGGAUGACUAGAAAACAUUUCAGGCCAUCGUUUUAUAUUUUUUUCUUGUUAUUAAAUUGCCUCCCGUAUAGGUUACAGGGUAUCCAUCUCAAAAGAGGGGAAGACAAAAGGGAUGAAAUUACACGAAAUAUAUUUUGUACGUUACGGACCAAAUGUGGCAACAUAAGAUGAAUUCUUAUGAUCACUCACAAGAUACGCAUUAUUUUAUUGUGAUGCAUGAUUAAUUUUGGCACUACAGCGACCAUAUGGGCCUAUUGGCUGUUUCUGUAACUUCACCUUUAUUUUUCAUUCUCUACGAGAUAAAUCCAUUCGCCCAUCGUAUAGAUGACAGUGGACUGUAAGUUAAGGAAGGAUUUUUUGGUCACCAUUUUGCAACCACGUUAAACAAUAUUAUAUAUAUUUUACAUUUAUAUAUAUACAUCUAUAUUUUAAUUCGUUUAUGCAUUUGUAUAUAUAAUUAUUGAAUGUAUUAAAAUAGGCUACCAUUAAAACCCAAACCGCAUGAUAGGCAGCUGUCAAAAACAAAUUACGCAAGAAAACAAAAAGAAAAACUGCUGUAUGUACAGAAUCUAUAAAACUAAAAAAAAUAUAUAGAUUAAUAAUAUGUUUAGAAGUAGGUAUAGUAAAAAUGUAGCUUCAGUGAAAAAAAUUACCUUUUAGAUGUACUAUUGGAUUAUACAGCGUAGAUAUAAUAAUUGUUUAGAGUUAGAGAUAUGAAACACACAUGGAUAGCCAUGUUUCCAGCAGGAGAAGAACAGGAAAAAUUGUUUCUAUGCUUUCUUUUUCUUCUACUGCCCUCUGACGUGCGAGUCUGAAAACUCCAAUGAAUGGUGCAAGGGUUGGACAUUUUGCGGGCCGCACUCCGUACUACAAUAAUUAUAAUAUUAAAUAUAACUGCUUAUAAGGUUUGGGAAGGCGGUUCCACUGAGCAUUUUUUGCGCAUGAAUCUCGUGUUUUUAUUUUGUUUUCAACUGAAAUGAAUUUCGUUGCUCGUGUACAUAAAUUGGAACUUUCCGGUAAUGAUUUUCAUGUUAUGAGGACUGGAGUGAAACAUAAUUUUUUUUCUCGUACUUUUGUGCAAAGAUUAUAGGUUUCGUGAAUAAAAAAUGGCGUAAAACAAAUAAUAUUAAUUUACGUAUUGUGACUUCAGUUCUUACGUCAUAAUUCUGUAAUAAUCGUUGAAGACAUAGAAUCUGACGAGCCAUGGAUUUAAAUUUGCCGUUUUAUUCAACUUUCUUUUCCGUACAGUGUUAUUUUAUACGGGAUGUUCUUUCCAUCGAGACGCUGAACGCUAAGAGUGGACGGCAUUCUCGCCGCAUAGCGACGGAUGAUAGUCGGCGGUCUGUCUCGUGGUGAACAAAAGAUGCAUAAACUAUUCCUUACCAAGGGUCAUACUGUAAUGUUGAUGAUUGGAUUUGUCGAAUACAAGCGGAAAAAGCCUCAGUACAAAAACGGUAUAAUAUUAUAUUAUUGAAAGGCGUGUGGCCUAUGAUUACAUGUAUUUUUGUUUUACUCAGUAGUUCACGACGUUUUAGAGUAAAAAAAAACAAAUUUGAGCAGAUUUAUCGCGAAAGAAAUGUAGCAGUUAACGUGUCGGUAGCUAAAAUAAAAAUGGAAUAUAUCUAUAUUAUAUAUAAAAAAGAAAAUUAUAUAUACAUUGAUAAAAUGAAGUGUCCUACGAUAAUCAGUGACUGCAUUAGUUAAUAUAUUACUACUAUUAAUUAUUAUUAUUAUUAUUGUAGCCAUUUGAAUUAAUGAGAUAUGGCGUGGUCUCAUGUUGUUUGUUGAUUUUGUAUUUUCUCAUUAAUACGUUCAACAGUGUGCUGUAAAUAAUUUAUUUCUUGUAUUAAUUACUGUUUGGUCGACCCUUAUGAGAAUAGAAACCUCUACAUUUUCAUGAGGGUUAUAUGAAAUAAGUGGAUUAUUCUUAAUUGAAAUCGUUUACAAGGAGCAAUAGAACAGAAAAUGAAGCAGAGUUCUUAAAUUAAAUACGGAAAAUCAGGGAAUGGUUAUAAAUAUAGCGUUUUCCUCGAAAGUAACUAAUUACUGUUGAUUAAAAUUAUACUGUUAGGCCUGCCGAUUUAGUUGAGCGUUGUUUUUUUAUUGUUAGGUUAAAAAGUGAACUUGUAUAAUUUUAGGAUGAGAAUAUCAUGUGACUUCCUGUAUGGACGAGCGUCUCCAGUUUCCUUGUUUUUAAGGAGUCUCGAAAGUUUGCCAGAGUAUUUUGUCUCAAUGCAAUUUAAAUAAGAACAAAUCGUGUUUCCUUGUUUCAAUGCAUCUUUCAUUGCAGUAGGAAUAUUUUUAUCACUAGGCAAAUUCAAAGCAAUACACUAAGUAAUACUGUAACUUUUACUUAAAAUCCUGUAUUUUGAUACCGUAAAAUUGUUAAGAAAUGAAUAUGCAAAUGAAUCCUUUAUUAAAGGGAUAUUUCUUUGAAAAGAGAUUAAGAUUACUAUUGAGGUUGGUAUUGAUGAUGUGUUAUUAUAUUAAUAAUGUAGAAGAAACAGUUUUUAAAAACCAAAUGCUGAUCGCUUACUUAUCCGAACGUGGGCUGCAUAGUUCUCAUAGAUUUUUUAUAUAACUAUAUUAUAUACUUACUACUUUAUUGGCAAAAUGUCGUAGAAAGAGUGCAUUUCGUGUAUGUGUGCGCGAGUGUGUAUGUGUUGUUCUUCGUACAGACUGAUAUUCAGAAAAGCAAUAAUGUUUUAAACUUGUUCAAAGUAGCGUCCCUCUAGGGCCCCAAGAAAGUGACGUUUUGGCUUUUCCUCCCCUACUAAAUGUCGUUACUGUUGUAGAUAAUGCUGCCUUUGCUGUGCCAGUCUGUUUCGAACGCCCGAAAGCCUCGCUUUACAGUUAGAUGUUUUGAAAUCCAGUCUCUGAAGAGCAUACCAGUGUCCCCGAUAGUCUAAUCUUUGGGAGAUUUUUACAGUACUCGCUGAGUUUUGGACGCUCAACAAUAUUGCACGUCGCUAAAUGUUAUAUAAAGUAAUAUUUGUUGUAAAAAGUGCAGUGUCUGGAUAAAAGAAGCUUCGCGUAAUGGAUGCGUAUUAAGAUUAGCGAUGAAAAAAAAAAUCUUUUAUGGAAUCUUCAUACUUAGAUCUGCAAAUAGACGAAGACGUCCAAUUUAUAACCAGAUGGCGGUUGUGUGCCGUUUGUUUCAGUUCUCGUGCCACGGAAAUCACCUUCUGGGACACAUUUCGGGGUAACCUAACCUUAUUUUCGUUCCAUUCGGGAUCAUUUCAUCUUUAUCAUUCGAAAUACUGAGAUAAGUGACGUUUUCGUGUUUGGUUUUGGGAGCCUACUCAGAUAUACGUUCGAAUUUUUAUCUUAAAAAUUCAUAUUUAUUUUCAAUAACAAAUGUUAAUAACUCGUCAUGAAUUGUUAAGCAGAAAUAGAUUGAAGGGUAUAGACAGGUUAGCCACUUUAUGGGGCCGUUAAUGUGCACACCCUCAUUCAAACAGGACUGGUUAGCGUGAAGGACAGUAAGAACUGGUAGAUGGCGUUCCAUUUCUGCGAAUUGAAUAAUCAAAUGAUCGCGCUGUUAUUGUCUACCGGAUAAGAAAGCAUUUGGUCAGGAAGAUGCUUUAGCAUACAAAGACGUUAAUGGCACGCACUGAGGACCAUUGAAAGGGCCCAUAAGACGUUCCUCGAGGGAUCUAUGUUAAUUUUCGUAAUAUUGGUAAGGAUUCUGUUGAAACAUGGGAACGUUAGGUUAAGUCCGUGGCAUGUUUCGUUGCCUUCAUAUGCAGUUUUUUACGUGAUUUGUUUUCUGGACAGAGGUUGAAGUUGACUAGCUAGUUCACAAGAGGAUGUUCUUCCUUAAAAAUGAGAAUGAAGCGAUCAGUAUUUGGUGAAAUAUUUUAAAACAUAGUUGACACACACAGACACGACACACAGAAAUACACACAUUUGUCCGCGCUGGGCAUGUCUUCCUUGCUAGGCAUGCAGUAAGUGGUAUAUAUGCAAUUCAACUAACACGUGUUAUUGUGGUUAAUGUACUGUUCACCAUAUGGUAAUAUGUAAAAUGUAUGUUAUUAAUUGUACAACAGUGAAUAGGACCCGUUACCUCUUUGUUAUGGAAAAUAAUAAUAAUAAUGUAAUAAUAACCAGAAACCGAAGCAUAACAAGUAAUUGAAAACAAUGUAUGCUUGUGUUUUUUGUGUGUGCAUUUGUCAUACAUUAUAGGAAAACAAAAAUACUAGUUGUAAGUGUUUAUGUUUAAAAAGCUUCUUAUGAUAGAAGCUGUUAAAAUGACAUGUAGUGUAUGAACGGAUAAGUCUCAUCAGACAAGAAGAAAGGAAAUAGGUAAUCGCAAGAAAUUAUAAAAACGCUAUCUGUAAGGAUUUAGCGUGAUUACGUAAGAAGCUGCUAUUUGGUGUGUCGUCUUGCUGGAAUAUGAUGCCAGCACCUCACACAAUUGUUACAGGCUUUUCAGUAGGAUGGCCGAAGUUUAGAACGUAACGCAUUAAGGUCAUCAUCGACUUACAUAUGAUUACUCUCCUAGUAAUUUAUUUGCAUCAGUAAUUUUUGUUCCUUCACUUUUAUGUCAUAUGAUAUAAAAGUAUGAUCACGUCAUCAUUAAUAUUUUAUGUAUUUUACAUCCCUGAUAAUGUAAGGAAUUGAUGUUCAUUAUUAUUAUGUUUGUUUUCGAGACUCAGUACUUUUGUCGUAUCUAUACAUUCUUACAUAAGUUUUAAACACUCCCAUAUGCAUACAAACGUUGUAUUAUUAUUAUUAUUAGUUAAGUUUCAUUUUUGGGAGGUGACAACGUUUCUUCUCUGUUGCCUCUUUACGUAGGGGUCGGAUGAUGUUUUCAAACGGUCUGUAAUUUCACUGUGAAUAAGUGCUGUAGUCAACUGCGCCUGCGCGUUGUGCGGGGGACUGCGAAUUGAAUUACGCAGGGAGUGUGAGGUAUCACCUGCCGUGAGGACGUCGCGUAUAACUUUCUGCAGAGACCAGUUCUUAACACGGUCCGACGAAAUUAAUCAGUGAUCUCGCCGGCCAUUAUUUAUAAAAGUGGAAUUGCUAUAAAUGCCACAGAAAUCUUCAAGCCUAAAGAAUUUGGUAUUUAUUUACUGCUUAAAGAAAUAUCUAAACUUUAUGUAUGGCAAAGUUCAGAUACUUAAUGUCGAAAGUAUUUUGGGGGAGGGGGGGGGAAGUCCUAAUAAUUUCACUGCCACAUUUUGUUUAAAUGAGCGCCCAAGGGUUUUUUUUAUCUACUACAAAGUAAUGCUGCUAAUCGUCGAAUCUGUUUUCAUUAUCUAGAUAAUAUCGAAAGAUUGAACUUGCACACCUUCUCUUAUAUCGAGGUUACGUUUGAAGGUCUUUGCGUUUUCUGUUAUGAAAUGUACGGUCGACGUGAGAUUGAAGCUUAUGGUUGUGUCAUGAUAUCGGAAUUUAGCUAAAUACGGUGUUCUGUUGUGAUCACAGGCCAUGAACUGAAAUCGAUAAUUUUCUCUCGAUAUGUAACUCGACUCCCACGGCAGGUGUUGGCCGGUUACUGACGUUUCUGUUGUCCCCACGUUAAAGCUUGGGCGUUGAAGUCGAGAACAUCUACCGUUGUGAUACAUAGAUUUAGACGUAGAAAUGUUGUUACUGUCACGUAUUAUUAUAGCGACUGCGCCCCCCACACUGCUCCUUCAUUGCCACCUCACUGUCCAUGGUAAUUGCAAUUUUAAAGGCGGUUCAUUAAGCAGUUAAUCAAUAACCCUCUCGUCGCUCUGUUUUCCUGUUGCAUUCUGUGAUUUGAAUUGGAACAAAAGAAUAGGCAUCACAUGUGUUCAGAUUUGUUAUUUACUUUUUCAUUGCAUCAAACUAUUUUGAGAAAAUCAAUAAUAGCUACUGGGGUACAUUUAUUUGUUUCUUUUUUUGGGGAGGCUUUGUUAAUAAUAAAUUCUCAUUUGAUUUGACCAGUGAGAUGCGUAAUUUUUAUGAAACCUGUUUAGUAAAAAAAAUUAUGUUCGCUCGUAAUAUUUAUGUUCAUGUACUUCUGUGACUGCAUCCCCCCCCAUUCGCAUACAUGGUGAUAAGAGCAUAAUUUUAAACACAAUAACAGUAAUGUUAAUUAUAUAAUAAAUUAUUCUUUCCCGUUGUUUAACAGAGGACUGUAUCAUCACCUCUUAUAUAUCUUAAACAAAACUUGAUGACUUUCUGGGUCUUUUUGCACUGCUCGUAAAAUAUGUUUAUAAAAAAAAAGUAAUCGAAUUGUUUGUACCGUACCACGUGUCAGCUGCACACAGUUUGGUUUAGUUGGUAACAUUGAUAUUACGUAUACGUACAGUAUAUAGAACCGCAUCAUAAAGUAGUUCGUUUUAAAAGUAGUGGAUGACAAUUAAGAAAGAGAUCUUAAAACAUAUCAGAAUUCACCUCGUCUUUUUCGAACCGCACCAUCACCCCUCACUGGAAUUUUUCGGCCUAUAUUUCAAUCACAAUUAGCCCAGUGACGUCACCAGACCCCUCCACUUCCCCCCCACGUCCCAUGUCACAUUGUAUCCAGAAACACAGGUGUAUACUUAAGCACGUUUCCGUUUGUGGGAUAAUGUUUUUGCUGAAGAGUGUACAUAGUGUCACAGAAUGCCGCAUUGUUUAUUUUGGCCAGUAAAAUAACGCAUUUCUUUAUUAAGGUACAGGAAAUUCUUGAGGUAUUAAAUAUCAAAAUCCAUUUCUGUUCAAUUGCAAACCCGUCCCUAUUAGCAUUAUUGCUAUAUAAAAUUUAUACAUUUUUCUACUUGUACUGAAUUCUGAGACAUGACGAAUUGUCCCAAAGUUGUUAACAGUGCAUUGGUACUGUUGGCUGACAGUGAACCCUGGGCCACCAUUAUCAUCCAUAUUUCUUUAUUUUAUUUAUUUAUUUAUUUCUUUUAACUUGGACGAGUUUAACUUUUCAGGUAUCGGUUUACUCUAUACUAAACUAAACCGGAAAAAAAAUUGAAUUUGUUGCGGGCAAAGGAAAAGAAGACGAACGUUUCAAAAUAUGUUUUGAUCGACGCGAUACAGAGCUCUGUGGACCUCACGCUGUAGUCGUUCGCCAUGCGAGAAUUCCACCUUUUCCACGGCCCUGAAUAUCACGAUAAAAGAACACCUUUCUAAUUUAAAACGAAGCAUGUACGUUGAAUGUUGCAGAUUACUUCAUAAAUUAAUAAACACUGAAUAUGAUUCAUCUUCGCUGAUUUUACGGUGACCCUAGGUCCACCAUGGCCUCGUGUAUGUGAGACACUUAACAUUCGAAUCACAACUGAUAUCCUGUUUCUGCUUUUAUCUUCGAGUUCUUACGGAAGUCAAAUCAAAAUAGUGGGAUUGUGUGAUCGUAACUGAGUGUAGGGGCCGAUCUGUGUGUCUGCCCGCCGUAGGUGUGCGUACUCAUAAACCGUAAUUUACGUGAUAAUGAAACAGUGAUGAGUACCGAGAUUUUACGCUCUUUGGUAAUACACUAGACGGUGGGGGUGUUUGAAAAUUUAAUAAUGUUGAAAAUGUAGGGAAUAAUUUGUGUAGUAAAUUAUUUGUAGCAAGUAGGGGUGAAAUGUACAGAUUUGUAAAUCAUAACCUACUUAAAUUGUACUGCCAAAAUGUUAUGUUAAACCAUACUACAUUGAAUCUACGUGGAAAAAUGCCCUGUAAACUGUAAAAGCGAUGAAGGAAUACAGAAAGGCAUGUUUCACCUCAGAAAUUGGAACAGUUUGUCGUGGGCGAAUUUUUGUGGGCGCGUAAACCGUCCAGUCUGUUACUGAAGGCAAAGAAUAAAAGAAAAAGUAGGCAUAAUUCAAACUUAUGUGGAAACGAUUAUGUGAAGCUGAACACCAAAAUACUAGGGAGUCUGUAGCGCGAAGAGGUUUUCGUAGUAUAAAAAGUAGAAGCGACGAUGAAUUUGACCAGAUCUGUUUCCCCGCCUCGUACCUUCACUGGAGUUCUAUGCGUGUUAUGUCUUGACAAUAUAUGCAUUUACACUGAGAAGCUAUUUUCAGUUAAUUCAAACAUGAUUGUGGGCCUUAAUAAAAGUUUAAAACUGAAAAUAUAAACUAUUCAAAUUUAUUUUAAUCAUUAUUUGUUACGCGGGGUGUGUAUAUUUAAAAAAUAGCCCUAGUUUCUGUCGAUUUCACAUGUUACUAUGUGGCCCCACCUCCUCAAGUAGCUAGAUUCUUGUAUCCCAUCGGUGUUUAGGCGAGUUAAGAGAAUAUCAGCGACGCUUUCACUGAACCAUUACGUGGUGUAGUGUCGCGGCCAAUGCUUUUUUGUGUUUUGCUUUCAUCUCUUAAUUCCUUACGAAAAGUAACGAGUGAUCCCCUGUUUCCCAUUUGGUUGCUUGUUUACAGAGGAAGUAGUUUUUAUAUUCAUUCAGCCACUAUGUCCUCGAAGUUCUCCAUCCCUGUCUCACUCAUAGAUGUCGCAUAAUUGUCAUAAAAUUACUUGCAGAAUGUCGUAUAUGUAAGCUUUUUUAAAAUAGUAAGAAACCUGCGCCCUGAUCGUUUCUUAUUUUGCACAUUUUACAGCCAAGAUGAAAUGGCUUCUUGCAAUAAGAAAGCAAUAAACCAUGCUCUUAUUAUGGGUGAGGCUUCUCGAACAAAAGAAUGAUUAUUGUGUAAUGAUGAUUCUUAACUGCUGACAUGAUGAUGGUGGUGUUGAGAUGUAUGUACAGAUUCAGUUUUGUGUGACAGAACUAUUAUUUAAUGGAAAAAACACACACACACUGUGUACGUGGAGCACAGUUGUCUGUGUAUCUUCAAGGGGGAAAGCUGUCUGGUGUAGUACCCUGAAUUUAAAUAUAAUUAUUACUACUAAUAAUAAGAGGGUGUAAGUGUAUGAUGCUGUACCAUGUACAUAUAUUAAUAUUACAAGGUUCACGACGUGCCGUGUGUAUGUGGGAAUUAUAAUAUGGACAUUGUUCAAA